GCACGUAAGCAGACGUGAGAGCGUCUAUAAAUAGAGCUUGCGCGGCCUACUUGCCCCUUUCUACUCGGCUCGGCUGCAGGAUGUCGCACCGGAAGUUCUCAGCUCCCAGACAUGGAUCCCUUGGCUUUCUGCCCCGCAAACGCAGCCGUCGACAUCGGGGCAAGGUGAAGAGCUUUCCCAAGGAUGACCCAAGCAAACCUAUCCACCUCACUGCCUUUCUUGGGUACAAGGCUGGCAUGACCCACAUCGUUCGGGAAGUGGACAGACCUGGAUCCAAGGUGAACAAGAAGGAAGUGGUAGAGGCAGUCACUGUAGUAGACACUCCUCCCAUGGUCAUUGUGGGCAUCGUGGGCUACGUGCAGACUCCCCGUGGCCUUCGCACCUUCAAGACCAUCUUUGCUGAGCACAUCAGUGAUGAGUGCAAGAGACGCUUCUACAAGAACUGGCACAAAUCCAAGAAGAAGGCCUUCACCAAGUAUUGCAAGAAGUGGCAGGAUGAGGAGGGCAAAAAGCAGCUAGAGAAGGAUUUCAAUAGCAUGAAGAAGUACUGCCAGGUUAUCCGGGUCAUAGCUCACACUCAGAUGCGUUUGCUCCCGCUGCGGCAGAAGAAGUCUCACCUGAUGGAGAUCCAAGUGAAUGGCGGCACCAUUGCUGAGAAAGUGGACUGGGCCCGGGAGAAGUUGGAACAACAGGUGCCUGUGUCAACUGUCUUUGGCCAAGAUGAGAUGAUAGAUGUCAUUGGAGUCACCAAGGGCAAGGGAUACAAAGGGGUCACCAGUCGCUGGCAUACCAAAAAGCUGCCUCGCAAGACCCACAGGGGUCUGCGCAAAGUAGCCUGCAUUGGAGCGUGGCAUCCCGCUCGUGUGGCUUUCUCUGUGGCCCGAGCUGGUCAGAAGGGGUACCACCACCGCACAGAAAUCAACAAGAAGGUCUAUAAGAUUGGCCAAGGUUACCAAAUCAAGGAUGGAAAGCUGAUAAAGAACAAUGCAUCAACUGACUACGAUCUGUCGGACAAGAGCAUUAAUCCUCUAGGCGGCUUUGUCCACUAUGGUGAAGUGACCAAUGACUUUAUCAUGUUGAAAGGCUGCGUUGUUGGGACCAAGAAGAGAGUUCUAACCCUGCGCAAGUCCCUGCUGGUGCAGACAAAGCGUCGGGCCCUAGAGAAGAUUGACUUGAAGUUUAUUGAUACAACUUCCAAAUUUGGACAUGGCCGCUUCCAGACUGUGGAGGAGAAGAAGGCUUUCAUGGGACCACUCAAGAAAGAUCGUAUCGCUAAAGAGGAGACAGCUUAACAUCUGGUACAGCUCUGUGGUCUGCCUCUAACAAAUAAAACUAGAUAUUUCAGAAAUAC